AUGCGCCCUAUAAUCUCUUAUGACGACAUAACGACCCCUCAGCCAGCGUUACCUCCCCCACCACCAAACCCAAAACACCAAGCGAACUCUUCAAACCCUCAGCCCCCCGCGAAGAAGCGCAAGACUGGCCCUAACCAACGGCAAAGAGGCGCUGCUAACGGUCGUGUUGGGCAACCCGUGCAGCAUUGGGACGACCCAGGAAACCAGGGGAUGCAGAUGAGCUAUGACGACGCGCCCAGGCAGACUGAGGUGAGAGGGGAAGAAGAAGAGGAAUGGGAUGAGGAAGAGGAGAGCCGCGAGCUGUCGCAUGAUGAGAUCUGGGACGACUCGGCGUUGAUCGAUGCGUGGAACAGUGCCGCUGCUGAGUAUGAGGCGUUUCACGGGCCUGGAAAGAGUUGGAAGCAGGAGCCGGUCAAGAAAUCGCCUCUCUGGUACAACGUCCCUCCCGAGAAGACCUCAAAGGGCAAGUUAAAAGCGGCGCCCAGUAAGACGAACGGCAUCGCUGUAGAAGCAGAAAUGAACGGAAGAACCGAAGCGGCCGAUUCGAGCCCUCUCAACUUCGACACUUUUGUGCCGACGCACGACCCAUCCCUCGCGCCCGCGGGGCCCUCGCUGAGCGUCCCAGCCAUCAACGCCGCUACGUUGGGUAGUGGUGCGGAAGCAGCUAUCGUAAGCCAGGACGAGGCGUUCUCGAACGCGAUGACGGCCAUGUACUGGAGCGGAUACUGGACAGCGGUCUACCACUGUCGCCGUAACGAAUCGGCACCUCAAAAUGGUGCUGCUGAAGAAUACGCAGCUGACCAGAUUGAAGAUGGCCUCGAGGAAGGCGAGGAGGACGAUGACGAGGACAUGCUUCCAGCGCAGAGGUGA